UUUCCACGUCAAUGUUUUAGCACCUCUCUUUCCUUCUUUCCUAGUUUCUUUAGUUUUUUUCUUUUAUACAACCGGUCAGCGCUUUCUGUUUCUUUUGAAGCGUAAUGACCUCCAAGCCAUUCCUUUUUCUCUUUUUCUUUCUUUUUUCGCUUGUUGCAGGUCACAGCAAUCAGUAUAUUGUUCAAAUCAAUCGGGAAACAUGUAUCAAAGAUUUUAUUCCUCGCAUGAUUGAUGCCGCGGUUGAUUUGAUUCAAGAUACGGUGGACGAUGUGAUGGAUGCAAUAGACGAUCUCGGUAAAGGGCAUCUUGCGCGUCGAACGAAUAAGGAUCCUUUCCAUGUGUUCGACACCUUUGACAUCGCUGGUGAAUUUAAAGCGAUCAGCAUGGAAAUCCGACAGCACGACGUGGUACCUCGUCUCCUUUCCAAGUUUCAAGAAAUCGUUUCCAUCAUUCCCGAUAAAGAGAUUCAGUUCGAUCUUCCCCUGCCCGAGUCGCAUUCUCUCGAUAAACGAUAUUACAUUAGAUUUGCCAAUGUAAAACCUCAUCACGAAAAACCUUCGACACCUCGUCACCACCGAAAACCAAAACAUCACAAUGACCUCGAACACGACGAAAACUGUCAACAUCAUCCCAAAAAUCGGUCCAAGCAGCUCGCCACUUCUUACGAGGCCCACUCGGAUGAGGCCGACCCGUCGUCCGACGACGUCGUAGCCUCCUCCUCGUCGUCGUCAUCGUCCAAUAAAAAGUCGGUCACCAGUAAAAAGAAACCGUCAAAAUCUAAUUCGGCAAAGAAGCAAGCUUCCACCUCCAAGAAUAAGAAAAACUCGUCGUUUAAAACUAAAAAGUCCACGAAAACGCAAAAAUCCACCAAGAAAUCGUCGAAACCGUCUUUGAAAACAGCAUCCUCGAGUUUGUCGUUACUGCAACAGAAAAAUGCUCCUUGGAAUCUUGUGCGCAUUUCACAGCAUGCGCGAAGCUUGAACAAGCCGUAUAUUUACGAUUCAAACGGAGGAUCCGGUGUCGAAGUGUACAUCAUUGACGAUGGUUUAGCCAUUCAUCACAAGGAUUUCCAUGGCCGUGCCAAAUGGGGAUGGUCUGCCUUUGGUAAAGUGAACAGCCAACAACGCGAUGGUGGGGGCCACGGCACCCAUGUAGCUGGUAUUAUUGGCGGCACUCAAUACGGUGUGGCGAAAAAUGUCAGCAUGAUUGCUGUGCAAGUGCUCGACGAGAAUGGUCGUGGCACGAUUUCCAAUCUCUUGGGCGGGAUCCAAUGGGUCAUGAAGCAAGUAAAGAAACAGCCGAAAUCGGUACUCAUCAAUAUGUCGCUGGGCAUGCCCAAAAGUGGCGGAAACGGCAAGGUCUUAAACGACGCUGUGACAGCGGCUGUGAAGGCCGGUAUUCCCAUCAUUGCUGCGGCAGGAAAUUCUGCCUCUGAUGCCUGCGACAUUAUUCCGGCCGGUAAUCCCAAUGUCUUUGCUGUAGCUGCGCUUGACAAAAACGAUCGAAUGGAUCCUAAAAGUUGUUACGGCACAUGCGUCCAAAUGCUGGCCCCAGGUGUGAAUGUCAAAAGUGAUUACAUUGGGUCGAAAGCAGCGACCACGACCAUGUCAGGUUCAUCCAUGGCAGCACCUCAUGUGACGGGAGUAGCCGCUCUGUUAUUACCACACAUGGACCAUCCCACGCCCAAGCUCCUUUACAAGGCAUUAACCGAUAUUGCCACCAUGAAAAAGGCCAAGAAUGUGCAAAGUAAAACACCCAAUGCCAUCGUGUUUAAUCAAGCGAAGUAGCGCAAUAAACCAAGAUGGGAAAAAAAAUAUAGGAAAAAAAAGUAAAAAGAUGAAAGAAGCAACCAUCCCGGAACAACAGGGGAGUGAAUAUAAGCUUAAAUGUCUUUGCGUUGUUCGGUCUUUUGUCCGCUGGCGGCACGUUCCAGUUCAUUAUGUUUAUCGGCCAGUCGGUUGUAUUCUUUGGAUUGCUGCUCCACUUGCUUCUUGAGCGUCUCAAAGUCACGUUCCUGUCUCUUUAAUUCGCUGAUCUCGUUGUUCAAAUCUUGGAUUUCUUUCUUGUAUGAUUCUUCAAGUUCUCCUAGACGGCGGGAAUCGGCGUUUACAGAGGCAGUCUAAAAAAAAAAAAAGUCCAUUCCAGUUUUAGUCAUC